GAUACUAAAAAGGCAGAGGAGGGCUUCAACGAGAGACAAGAGAUUAUGCGCAAGAUCUCAGCCACGAUGUCAUCAAUUCCUUUACUGAUUGUUUUUGGGACACUUCUAAGCAUUUCUACUCUCUGCACAUCUCAAACUUACAAACUGUUCCAGGAAAAGCACAUUGUUAAUCCAGGUCCCAUUGACUGUAAUUCUACCAUACGAAAUCGGGGGAUAAAAGGCCCUGGUGGAAAAUGCAAGUCAAUCAACACCUUCAUGCAUAAAGCAAGACCCUUCACCGGUGAUUACUUCUGUGAUGGGGAUUGUUCUAACCACAGUCUAACAUGUCCACACAACUUCGACCUCACCAUAUGUACACUCAAAAAAGGAAAACGGCCACCAAACUGUAUCUACUCACAGUCAACGAUGUCCAAUUCACAAGUCUGUUUAGCAUGUAAGAAAAACGUACCUGUGCAUUUUGCUCAUGCUGGUCAUUGUUAACAUUAACCUCUUCUAUGAGGACAGCAGUAGUUAUUC